UGUGUGUGUGACAGCUCCAAAGAGCCACAAACUUCUAGACAGUUAGGGAUGAGAAGCGUGGAAAGGGGGCCACAAGGCUCAGGGGCCAGGGAUCCCAAGGAGAAGAUCGGGAAGAGAAGCCUAAGAUAGAAGACACCGCCUGAGACUGCCCUGAGGAAUACAAGGAAGGAACCUGAAGGACUGGAGAAUGAACUGCGGGCACCGCUGAUCCCUACCCUGCUGUCCCAGGAGGAAGAGGCGACACAUCCCGGGGAGGUCUCCUCCAGCCAGAAAACUUCUCCCCCCUGCAAAAGAAAGAUGAACCUUGGAGACAUUGCGUUACACCUCAAUGAAAUUCGGAAGCAGGGAAGAGAGCGGUAAAGGGUGACGGGCAGACGCUGGACAGAGCAGCACCAUGGCACCCUGGCACCUUCCUGGCAUCUUCUUCACUAUCCUGCUGGGACUACUGCUCUCCAUGCAGAGAUCAUUGACCAAUGAGAUUCUGGGUCUGAAGAUACCGCCGGAGCCGGUGCUGAACGCCAACACGGUGUGCCUGACGUUACCGGGCUUGACUCGUCGCCAGAUGGAUGUCUGUAUGCGGCAUCCAGAUGUAGCGGCGUCCGCCAUACAGGGAAUACAGAUCGCCAUCCACGAGUGCCAGCACCAGUUCCAGGAUCACCGAUGGAAUUGUUCCAGCCUGGAGACCAAGAACAAAAUUCCGUAUGAGAGCGCCGUGUUCAGCCGAGGCUUCAGGGAAAGCGCCUAUGCCUACGCCAUCGCUGCUGCCGGAGUGGUGCAUGCCGUCUCCAACGCUUGCGCCAUGGGUAAACUGAAGUCAUGCAGCUGUGAUGAGAAGAGGAGAGGGGAUGAGGAAGCCUUCAGAGCUAAACUCCACAGACUUCAGAUGGAAGCCAUGAACCGGGGGAAGGGCAUGGUGCAUGGGGUGAUGGAGCACAUGCCAGCCGAGGCACCGGGGCCCCAGGACUCUUGGGAGUGGGGAGGCUGCAGCCCAGACGUGGAGUAUGGAGAACGCUUCUCCAGGGACUUCUUGGAUUCCCGGGAGCUGUUCAGGGACAUUCACGCUCGGAUGAGGCUGCACAACAACAGGGUGGGCCGACAGGUUGUGAUGGAGAACAUGAAGAGGAAGUGUAAAUGUCACGGCACGUCUGGCAGCUGCCAGCUGAAGACCUGCUGGCAGGUGACUCCCGAAUUUCGGUUGAUCGGCUCCCUCUUGAAGGACAGGUUUGCAGUGGCCACCAUGAUCCGUCCCCAUAACCGUAAUAAUGGGCAGCUGGGUCAGCUGGACCAGACUCACGGUCCGUACAGGAGGCGAGCCGGGAUCACGGACUUGGUCUACUUUGAGAAGUCACCGGAUUUUUGCGAGCAGGAGUUACAUUUGGACUCAGCGGGGACUCAGGGGCGCAUAUGUAACAAAACCAGCCCGGGAAUGGACAACUGCGAGAGCCUGUGCUGCGGCCGCGGCCACAAUAUCCUGAGACAGACGCGCAGCGAGAGGUGCAACUGCAAAUUCCACUGGUGCUGCUACGUGGUGUGCGAGGAGUGUCAGAUCACAGAGUGGGUGAGCGUGUGCAAGUAGAGAGCAGAAAACACACCGCCACUGCGUGCCAGGGGCCGCCAGAGGAGAGAGCGGCAAGUGUGCCGCCAAACAGGGCCGCAGCCCACACUGACCCAGCCAUGAGACACGGAUCUGAGAUAUGGCUGGAGCGUCCACAAUGGGAUUUACUGCAGACACAGAAAAAACUGUAAUACAUGUAUGUGAAUCAUACCGUCAGCGUAUGUAGCCUCUUAAAGUGACCUCACACCUUCUACUGCAGACACGAAUGUGCAACGUGCAAGGGUUCAUCUCUGCAAUGCAUGCACAUGGCAGAGCUGUGUGAAUGGAGCCUGUAUGGCGACACGCGUUUGUAGUAGGUACCACUAUAUGGCACCAUUGUACAGCACAAGAUUGUGUCCCCUGGAAGCCACGCUAUGACCACCACUGGAUUGAUAUGGGUAAUAUUAGAGGCACACAGGGGUGGCGUAUUAUGGACCAGUACUAGGAGCUUACAUUAAACCGUAUAAUGGCGGUAUACAAGAACCUUCAAUCUCUAAGACAUUACAAAUCUGAUCACCUUUUCUUAGAACUCUGCGUUGUGCCUUUCCUCAGUUAUUCCACCUGGAAAUGUAUGAAUGCAUUGACCAAUGGGUGUUACCAAUCCGGAGGGCGUUCCUCUGUACGCCCUGACACUGUCCAAUCAGAUUGUUUAGAGGAAAGCCCCAUUGAUGAGGGUCCAUUCGCACAACCGUAUUUCUGGGCCCGCAUCAGUUCCGUGGAACAGGUGUGGACCCAUUCAUUUCAAUGGGGCUGCAAAAUAUGCGGACAGCACACCGUGUGCUGACUGCAUCCGUAAUUCCGUUCCGAGGCCCCCCAAAAAAGAUAGAGCAUGUCCUAUUCUUUUACUUGUGCGUUACGCAAAAUGCGGAAUACAAACGGCCAGUCCUGCGCAUUGACCUUAAGGGCUCAUGCACAGGACCGUGCCGUGUUUUGCGGUCCGCAAAACACAGAUGCCAUCCGUGUGCAUUCCGCCCAUAAUAGACAUGCCUGUUCUCAUCUGCAAAAUGGACAAGAAUAGGACAG